AGAAAGUAUUUGAGUAAUUAAUGCACCCGCAUUCGCGUUCGAAGGUACAGCGAUGCAUGCGUGACUCCGAGAGCAGACAUGCACUGUAGCCUGCGGUAAUGCACACGCCUGCCGUGGCGCCCCGUGAGGCAGUGAGAGGGCAAAGGACCCAGGCAUCGCAUGUGGUCGUGGCUGAACAAAAUCUGAUCAGCCAGCACCGCCUCGAUCAUAUGCAGAACAUCAAAUCACCGUCGCACCCAAACAAAGUGCCCCCAAGGGUCUCGAGCCACGGCGUCACAAUGGCGAUGUCGAGAGCAUCCGACCUGGAUGCCCUUUAUCAAACCCUGAAGGGCUCAUUGCCCGUGGGGUCCGAAAAGCCGUCAAUCAAGAAGCCUUCAUUUCCUGGACCCCAAACUUGUUUGCUCUUGGUACUCGUACCUGCAGAUCAUCGCAACAUUGCUGGUGGGUCCCCAUCGUCAGGUCUCAGCUAACAGUGAGACACACACACACAGCAACAAAAUGAUGC